AUGCGUCUCCUCUCCACCCUCAACUUGUUCCUUGGUCUCUGCGCCAGCAGCGUCCUUGCAAACAGCCUCUCAACCACAAGCAAUCUCAUCAAAGAUGACAGCCUCGAAAUCACAGACCAACAAGUGCGCAGCCACACUAGAGACUUCGCACCCCUCAAGCUCCGAGACCUCGAACUCCUCUCCAUCACCAGCGACGCGCUCGAAUCUCGAACCCCCGACACCAACACUGACGACGAAGCUCUCCGACGCGUCCGCGUCGAACAAGACAAAGUCGGCACCGGAAACGCAGACGGGAUAGAAGCCCUCGUCGACGGCUGCGCCGUCGUAUUCGCCUGGGCCGCGGGUAACGUGUACUGUGCUCACAUCUCCGAGAACCACGAGGCCACAACGGUAGCUGCGUUGGGCAAAUUGAUCGGCUCGAAGAAGAUCGAGGCCAUUACUCUUGAUUGGCCGAAGGAUGCGAGUGGAGAGGAUCCAGAUGGAGAGGCGAUGUUGAAGAGGAUUGAGACGGCGAUUGAGAAGUUCAAUACGGGGACGGGGAAGGUUACGCCAAAGGUGACGCCGUAUUCAUGGGCGCCGAUGUCGGCUGGUCAAACGUUUAUUGCUACGCCUAAGGAUGUGGGUGUCAGUACUGAGAGCGCGGCUUGA